UUCUUUUCUUAUUUUAAAAACAAAUUCUUAUUCGAUUUUUGAAUAGUUUUCUUUCGGAUAGUUCUCAUUCCGAUUCUUUUCACUACAUUUCUAACUCUUGUUCUUUACUUUUUUUAAAUAACCAUAAUGGAUCCUAUUGCAAUUUUACAAAAUAGAAUCGAACAGUUAGAAGCGAAAUUGGGUUUUGCGCUAAAUAACCCAGCUGAUGGUCAACAAGAGGAUUCGGCCACAGCUAAUUUACUGAACACAGCUCAGUCCAUAAAUAAUGCCACAGCUGGUCACGAAAAACUUUCCGAAGGUAUGCAAAGAGCCACCGAAUUAAACAACUACACUGAUCCUAACUUCGUUGAAAAUAUGCAGCAGAAUAAUUUGAAAAUGCAAGAAGUUGCAGCAGCAGAAUCUGUAAUUAAACAUCAUUGUCACUGUAUGCAUCGCUGUAAACAGGCUACCCCUAUAUUGGAAUCUGAGGCUAUUCAGCAAGUACCUCAAUUGCAAAAAACUGUAGACAAGAUGCAUGCUGAAGCUGCAGAAGUAAAGGCUGAAUCUGAUGUGGUGUCACAUGGUAUUCAGGAGGUUGCAGAGACCUGCGGCACUGCAGCUUCCAAGGCUGCUGAAGGCUUAGCUGAAGUUGCCCAAAAGGUGGAGGAUGUCGAAGUUAAAACAUUCCCUAAACGAAGAAAUGGAUUAGAUUAAUAUUGAUUCAUAUUUAAUCGCUUAUUACAGUUGUGAUAUUCUUCAUUAUUUCUUGCAUUGUAAAUUGUAAAGUAUUAUUUAUAUUUAUA